AUGGCUUACGAAUCAUAUCGCAAUCAGGGUCAGCAAGCCGGUUACGGGCAAUCGAACACCUACAGUGAUCCGAGUCCAUAUGGCCAUGCCGGCAAUCCUUACGAUGAUACAUCUUACGGUGGUGGUAAUCCCUACACUCAAGGCCAAUAUGAUCGCCAGGAAUACGAAAUGAGCAAUAUGGAUGGGACAGAUCCUAACCGAAUCCUCAAUGAGACUCGUGCCAUUGACGCCACCCUUGCGCAACUUAAACAAGAGCAGGAACAAUUGAGGCAGAUGCAAAGUGUCUAUCUUAAUGCGGUCCAAGACAAACAGACCGCAGCGUCACUCAAAGCUGUGACAGAUGGGAAUGAGGAGCUCAUGCGGCAAUUUCGUCAAUUGGUUGCUCGUACCAAGAGAAUGAAACAGGACAAAGAAUCAGGCAAUCCACGAAACUCGCCUCAGGUUGGCAGAGUCGACAGAGCUGUAAAACAAGCACUCAAUGACUUCCAAAAGCUGGAUUCAGAGUUCAGAAAGGGGGCACAAGAGCGUACGAGAAGAGACUACUUAAUCGUGCGACCAGAUGCUUCGGAGGCAGAGAUACGAGAAGCUAUUCAGGACCCUGAUCAGCAAGUCUUCAGCCAGGCUCUCAUGCGCAGCGAUCGAAGAGGAGACGCCAGGGAAACGCUUGACAACGUGCGGGCAAGACAUGCAGCAAUCGCGAAGAUUGAGGCGGACAUGAUCAAGCUUGCAGAAAUGUUCCAGGAUCUCGAUGCAUUGGUGAUCCAGCAAGAAGCUCCCGUGACCGAAAUCGAACGACGAGGAGAAGAAGUGACUGAUCACGUCACAAAAGCCAACGUCGAGCUAGAUGGGGCCGUAAAGAAAGCACGAGCAGCACGCAAGAAGAAGUGGAUAUGCCUGGGUAUUGCUGUUCUCAUCAUCAUUAUCAUCGUCGUCGUGGUCGUUGUUGCGGUCGAGGUUACCAAGAGAUAA